CCUAAACCCUAGACCCUAGACCAUAAUAGGUUAAUAGGUUUAUAUUGUCUUAUAUUGUUUUAUAUUGUCUAGGGGUUUAAUGUUACCAUAAAAGGAUGACAGUUGGUUUUUUGAUUAUUUUGUAAAUGUUUUUUUUUGCAAUUGAGGUUAAGUUGAUUUUGCCCUUUUCAUGAAAUAAAAUUCAGUGAUAUUACCAAUAACAAUGUUUAAUAAAUCUGUCAAAGUGAAAUCAAACAAUCAAGUGAAAGCCUCUGAGAGGAAAAAUAUCAAAGCCAAAGUCCAUUCGUGUUUUCCUGAUAUCAGCGAAGUUGAUUUAAACAUUUUAUUGCCAAACAAACCAAUUAAUGUUUUAAAAGUUCUCACUCACAAUUCUGUUGAUGUUAUUGUUUACGCUGUAGAGAAACGUGUUGUAUUUUUUGAAAUAGAAAAGGUUCUUUACCCGUCUAUUUAUACACUAUGGAAACAUCCAGAUAUUUUACUUUCGUUCACUACUCACGUUCCGGUGCUUUCUAAGUUGAUGCAGGGUGCUGAUUUGAUGAUUCCUGGAGUUGUCUUGCCUGAGAAUAUUGAAGGUCCAGCAGCAUGGGGUAAAUUUGAGAAGGACCAAAUAGUUUCUAUAAAUUUAACCAAUAAUAAAGCAUCAAUAGCAGUGGGCAAAACAUGUCAUUCUAGUAUGGAUAUGUAUAUGGCUGCUGGCAGAGGUCGAUGCAUUGAAAUUAUUCAUGUAUUAGGAGAUGAAUUAUGUAGUUUGUUAGCGCCUGCAAUACCUACUCCAGAUUUAGGGGCACCAGGUCUAAAGUGUGAAAAUACUGAUGUACAAAAUAUAAUUUUAGACAAUAUUAAUCUUUCUACUGAUAAUCCAACAGAAAACAAUAUUGAAAAUAUUGCUCUUGUAGAAGCAAGUACGUCUGAACAGUGUGAAUCUAAACAUAUGUCAUCGGCUGAUGUAGAUGCAUUAUUAAGAUAUACAUUUCUCAAAUGUCUGAAUACCGAAGGCAAAAAAUUAACAUUACCCAUGUUGACAAGUACUUUCUAUGGUACGCAUAUUAUGCCUGCCUGUCCUAAAGGUUCCUCUUUAGACAUCAAAAAAUCGAGUUACAAGAAAGUUUCAAAAUUUUUAAUUGCUAUGAGUGAAGAAGGAUUUCUAAAGCUAGGGGAACUUAAAAAGGGAGUAGAAAGUGUAACUGAAUUAGCAAUUGAUCAUGAUGAUGUUAGAACUUUUACUUUAGAUGAAAAUGAUAUGCCAACAAUAUCUACAGAUUCACAGAAUUCAAAUGCUAGUGUUGAAAAUCUGUUGAGAGUGACUAAGCCAGUGUUGCCUUUAAUAUCUUCAUGUGGCAUUGGAGUUGGACAAACAAUUACUCGAGCAGAAAUCCGCAAGGCUGUGACAGAUUAUGUUAAACAAAAUUCUCUACAAAACACAUUUGAUCCAAGAGUAGUAAUAUUGAAUCAAAUGUUACAAGAUGUUUGUGGUACUUCUGCAGAAGCUUUAGAGUGGCCACGUUUAUUAGAGAAAAUUGAAAGCCGUAUGACACCCAUUUUUGAAAUGAAAUCUGGCUCUCAAACUAUUCAGUGUAAAGGAAAGGCACCAAUUGUUGUGUUAACAGUUUCUAAGAGAGCUGGUAACAAGAAGGUGACUCUAGUAGAUAAUCUAGAAUUGUUUGGAAUUAACUUGUUAGAGUUCUCUAAAGAUUGCCAGCUCGGAGUGGCAACCAGUACUAGUAUAAAUAAAUCAUCAGACAAAAAAGGUGAUCAAGUUCUCAUACAAGGGAACCAAGUUGCUUUCAUAGGAAAAUUAUUAACAGACAAAUAUAAAAUACCGAAGAAAUAUAUUCGUGGUUUAGAAUUGGCAGUGAAGAAGAAAUAAAUUGUGAUGUUAGACUGCCAAGUCUUGAAUAAUAUCUUGCUUUUAUGUAAUUUUAGUUGGACGUGAAUAAAUUACAGAAAAAUAUAUUUUUUGUCUUCGUCACUCAAGUAAUUCAGGCUUGCAGGCGAUGGGGAAUAAUUGAACCAUAACAACAAUUAGCAUUUAUAACAGAAUUUAAUGAAGAAUCGGGAUUUUGCACAAAUAGGGGUCAAAGGUGUAGUAAGGAUGGACUUGGAAAAAAAUGAGGAA